GUUUUGUUGUUACUGCUGUCCCUUCCUGUUUUGCUCUGUUUCGCCUCUCAGUUGGCCGCGACUUUUUGCACAAACGGUUCAGCGAAAAUGUUCAGCGUAUUGCUUCCGCGUUGCUGCUGCUGCUGGUGCUCUCCUUUCGUGUGAUUCCUGUUAUUGGUGCAGCCGCGAAAUCAGUUAUUGUUAAAAGUGUGAAAUGAUGAACAACUGUUAAUGGCAGCUACCCGUGCCGUACCGUGCCCCUGUCCCUGUGUAUAAGAGAAGCCAAGCAAAAGGAAAUGACCACCGACUGGUAGAGGAUAUCCAGCCAAGCGGCAGAGAGGAAGAGCCACUCAGCAUGGAUAGGGUGCCGUCCCUGACAAUGACCUUCACCAGCCUGGCCCUGCUCCUCCUGGUGCUGAUCAUGGGCCUGCUGUUCGCCUGCCACUGCCUGGGGCACCGGGCGGCCAGCUGGAUGCGGAUGCGGUCCAGCAAGGAGGAGAAGAUCGGCCUCUCCAACCACAAGCACAAGCUCUUCCAUGCCAAUGGCUAUAUGGCCAGUAUCCAAUCGGGCUCGGAGUUCCUGCUGAGCACCAGCGGCAGCUUCAAGCGCUUCGAUACCAUCGACAAGGACGACCACAAUCGCUCCCAGCAUCUGCUCUUGCUGAACGGUGGUGGGGCAGCUGCUGGCGGGGGUGGCAGCACGGGCAACGGGGCCGUGUCUGGGGCCUCCUCCGCCACUUUAGAGGCCACUACGCCGCUGUGGAACCUGCCCCAAGGCGAUGUUGGGAUUCCGCCGCAACCGCUGCGCCCGGCUCCGGCCCCGAGUAGCGCCGGACCCAGCAGUAAGACCGUGACGUUCUCCUUUAGCCAAGUCAACGAGCUGGCUUCUCCCACAGUCGAGACAGCGGAGACAGCCUGCCCGGAGCCGGAUCGCCGCUCCUGUCUGCGCUCGCCCCUCCGCUCCAGCGGCGGGGCAGGCGGAACUGUGCUGCCACAGCCUCUGGAAGCACCGCCCCCCCGACUCACAACCUCCGCCUCCGUGAACCUGUCGGCCACUGCCAUUCCACGUCCAAUUGCGAAGCGGCAGGUGUCCCUACAGCAGGGCAUCAACCGGAGCGGUGAGGUGGCGCAGGCGAAGCAAGUGGAGCCCCAGGUGCAGGUCGGGGUAGAGAGGCGCACGCCGGCGCUAAAGCGCCGUAACUCCAGCACAAAUCCCUUCCUCUGCGAGUCUAUUGAGCACGUGCAGCCAGGCCCAACUGAAGCUCAAGCACCUACUACUAGUCCAACCCCAACCCCAACUCCCGCUGCAGCUGCACCAGCCAUUACGCAGCCCCAGCACAAUGGGAAUCCCUUCGUGGAGUCGCAGAGCCUCUCGAGUCGGCUGCUGAAGUUCCACAACACAACGAAUCCAUUUACGGGUCUGGGGCAGCGCGUCAAGGGCCCCCACAUGCUGCAGAAAACCAUCUCUGAGGACUAUCUCUUCCGCAAGCUUGGCAAGAACGGGCCUCACGUCAAUGGCCAUAGCCAGGCCAACGGGAACGGAAAUGGCACUUGGAGCUUUGGCCGCUCUCUGAUGCGACAGGACUCGACACUCAGCCUGGGCCUGGGCAGGCGCAACAGCUCGCAGAUGUCGCUGGACGCGAGCUCCGCAUCGGGAUCCCUGGAGGGCAUCAACCUGGAGCGGGCCAUCUCCUGCGACUCGGUCAACUCGGACUCCACCCUCUUCCUGGACCAGCUGGAUCAGCCCUACACCCAGAUCACUGGCUAUCUUUGCAUUGGCCUGCACUAUGACAAAAACAGCAUCAGCAGCGUGGGCAUGGAGCUGACUGUGAGUGUGCUGGAGGCCAAGGGACUCAUUUGUCCCUUUAGUGUUGAGUCGUUGGAUACGUUUGUGCGGAUCUAUCUGGUGCCCGAUCACCCUGGCGCCAUGCAGACCAAAGUGGUCGACUCGACGCUGACGCCCAGCUACAACGAGAGCUUCAACUUCUGGCUGCAGAAGAAACAGGUGCGGCACUCGCUCUGGUUCCAUCUGUACCACAACGGGCCCGCUCACACGCUGAUUGGGGAGGCGGAGAUGGAGAUCGGGGAGCUGCCGCGGCCCAUCACCACCUGGAUACCACUGUCGGACUCGCGAAAGUGCAACGCCCGCUGGGGCGAGCUGAUGUUCUCGCUGAGCUACCUGCCGACGGCGGAGCGGCUGACCAUUGUGGUAGUGAAGGCGCGCAACCUAAAGCUGGAUGUGGAACAGCCCAGCGCGGACAUCGUGCAGAAUGUGUUCGUGAAGGUUUACCUGAUGAACAACGAGAAGAAGGUGCUGAAGAAGCGCACCUCGCUGAAGCGCAAGGAUCGCUGUCCCAUCUUUAACGAGUCAAUGAUCUUCAGUGUGCCACCCCAGAGCCUGACGACGGCCCAAUUGAGGCUCACCGUGUUCGGCGUGACCACCGAAGGCGGUAUUCUGCCGCUGGGCCAUGUCAUUGCCGGCAGCUGUGCGGUAGGCAAGGGACUGCGGCACUGGCAUCAGAUGCUCUCCUCGCUGCGCAAACCUGUUGCCAUGUGGCAUGUCCUCCGUCGGGCCGUCAAUCAGCCGAUUUUCACGGGCGGCGCCGAGGCUGUGGUCGCCGCCAUGCAGAGCACUCUGCAACGGGCCAGCGCCAAGCGGAACAGCAUCGUUUAAGGCCGGUGCGGUGCCUCUGAUCGGAUCGGAUCGUAUGGGAUCGUAUGGGAUAGAUUUCUCGCUCCACCGCUGAUGUGCGCUGAGGCAUUAAAUUUAGCGUAUUUAGUUGGAAAACCCUUCUCCCAAUCCCACUCCCACUCCUACUCCUACUCCGUUGUUUGGUGAACCCUUUGAUAUGCAAACAGAAAGAGAGAGACAGAGUGCCGUCUGGGAUGGAUGGAUGGAUGGAACCCUCCUCUAAAUUGCAUUUACUAAAUCCUAGCUAUGAAACUUUCUUACUUUUCUACUGCUUUCCCCUACCUAUGUACACGUGUAUCCCCAAGUCCAGUCUUAGGAGGGUCUUAGCAUAGGACUAGAAACAAAUAUACUCAAAGUAUUAAUA